GUGGCAUCCGUGUCGACCUCUUCCUCUCUCUCUCUCUCUCUCUCUCUAUCUCUCUAAAAAGCUGAAAAAGGCCGCACUGAUGUUCUGCAAUUACUGACCAGUGGCCUUCCGGUUGAGGUUGAGUCUCUCUCUCGCUCUCGCUCUCGCUCUCGCGAAACGAGUAAUAAGGGAGAGAGGGUCGGGCUGGUGUGCCCGAGUUUUGUGUGGUAAGAGGAGAGACCAGCGUAACGAGGAAGUUAAAAGAAUCUGCGAGAGCGCUUAUCGAAAAGGGAAACAAAAUCCACCGGUGUCCAUCUCGUUCUGGGUCCUCCUUGUUUUUUUCGUUAAACGCACAUGUCCAGAGAGAGAGAGAGAGAGAGAGAGAGAGAGAGACAGAGAGAGAGAGCGCGAGCUUAUCUGGCAACGUUCGCGAAAGAUAUCAAGACCCAAAAGGGUUGGUGAUAUGAUAUCCUGUUUUUCUGAGACAGAGAAAGGGUGGAGUGUUCGAUCGGUGUAUGCGGAAAGAGAAAGGUGACAGAUAUUUAUUUCGUCAGAGGUGAGGUGAAUCUGCAUGAGGGAGAUUAUUAUAUUGUUGUUCGCAUUAGUAUUGGUGGUGGAAAAAUGGAUUUCUGGCCGGAGUUUCUCGCGAGCAGUUGGGGAAAAGAAUUUGUGGCCGGCGGGUUCGGCGGCACCGCCGGGGUGAUCUCCGGUUACCCUCUCGACACAGUCCGGAUACGGCUGCAGCACUCGGGGUCGGGCUCCGCCGUCGGCAUCCUCCGCAAAAUCAUCCGCGAUGAAGGGCCCGCCGCUCUGUACCGCGGCAUGGGCGCCCCCUUGGCUUCUGUCACGUUUCAGAAUGCCAUGGUAUUCCAAAUUUAUGCGAUCCUUUCUCGAGCAUUUGACUCGUCUGUCUCGGCGAAGGACCCUCCUUCAUACAAGGGUGUUGCUCUGGGUGGGGUUGGCACUGGGGCUGUACAGAGCCUUAUCCUCACCCCUGUAGAACUGAUCAAGAUUCAGCUUCAAUUACAGGAUAGAAAACAUGCCCAAUCUCAUCAACAGCAGCAUCACAGGGGACCAAUAAGUGUUGCCAAGUCCAUAUACAAACGUGAAGGGUUAAAGGGCAUGUACCGUGGACUAGGGAUCACAGUCCUUAGGGAUUCGCCCGCCCACGGAGUUUAUUUCUGGAGUUACGAGUACAUGAGAGAGAAGCUCCACCCAGGCUGUAGGAAGAAUAGCGACGAAAGAUUAAGAACAAUGCUAAUAGCAGGAGGGCUAGCUGGGGUAGCGAGCUGGGUUUUCUGCUAUCCAUUGGAUGUGUUAAAGACAAGGCUACAGGCUCAGUCCCAACUAUCCCCGAGGAAAUACAAUGGGAUAGUGGAUUGUUUCCGCAAAAGUGUACAAGCAGAUGGGUAUGGCGUUCUGUGGCGAGGGCUAGGGACUGCAGUCGCCAGAGCUUUCGUGGUGAAUGGGGCUAUUUUUUCUGCUUAUGAGAUAGCUCUUAGAUGCUUGUUCAACAACAGCAAUUGAUUAUACAAACAUUCAAACAGAGAAAGCCAUUUAAGGGUGGACCCAUUAGCACAGCUUCGUCUUGGGACCAUAGAUAAGCCAGAGCAUGGUCAUGUCAAUAAGUUCAAAUGCAGCGUGCCCAGAUAGUCACUUACAGAUCUGAAGAUUCAGAAACUGAAAUUGACGAGGAAAUGAAGGGGACACGUUGCAUGGAACACUGAUUUGAUUAAUGGAGUUUUGUCAAUCUUUUAUUUACUUGUAACUGCAAUGCUUUCUCAAUGACAUACAGAAAAUUUGCAGCUAAUCUAAACUAA